UCUGACAAAAAACAGAUGAUCACCAUGAGAAAUUUCCCGACAGUGCAUUCACAUGCACUAGGUCAUCAUCUAUAUAAGGUGCUGCCUUCCUGUUCUGGAGGGCAGGGCUCCACAGGAUUUGUUGUGCCUCAGAAAAGGGAUUUUUGAAGUGUCUCAUCUUAAAAUGGAAAGCAUGAAAGGCUGACUGGGGUUUAUUUUUCAUUCAUUCUAGAAAAUAGGACGACGGAUUACUUUUAUAUCGCAAAAACAAAAGUAAGAUCUCCAGAACGAGUUAUUCCCAAUAUCUGGAAACACGUAAUGAUGCAAUGUGAAGGGAUUUUGGUGGAUGGCAGGCAGUGAAGUUUACAGUCUGACGUGCAGCCUCUCUCUGCUGUCUGCACAGCUGCUGUCCUGUAAACACUUCCCCUGCUUGGAAAUCAGCUCCAACCCACUCCUUCCUUCUCUUUCCCUCUCAAACACUAAUGCAUCAAACAGAAUAAACACCAUAAAGUGCAAAACACAGCCUCCGUCACGUCCUCGCAUAAUCAUUUGCCACUUUUUGAUCCAGCGCGUGACGCAGAGGGAUGUGUCAGUGUUACAUCUUCUCUCCGUUUUGAAAUGUGUUUAUUUUCCGAGCGGCGGACUGCAGGGGAACGCACGCGAGGUUACAGUAAAUGUUGUGAGAAUGUGACAAAAGGAUUUUCCUCGCUGAUGUCAGUUAGUGUGAGCUUUGUGAGAACAUUUCAUAUAAACAGUGGCCGGUGCAUUGUCAGAAUGGGUUUCCUGUGAUAAAACAUCAAACUUUAAAGCUUUUCUGAACCUUUUUCUAAUAAUAUUCGUAAAAGCAAAUGGCAUUUUUUUUUUGUAAAAGUGGUUAAAACUAUUAUGGGAAGGCAGGUGUUCCACUUUGCACUGGUUCAAUAUGUAGACAUCUCUGACUCAUACAUACUCUUGUGAAGUUGGACCUCCUUCUCCUAACUCCUUUAUAAGAGCACCAAACUUCCUUCAGGUCAGAAGUUGCUCAAGCAGAGUCGAGAAUUUCAUAUUCACUAUUCCCUUUUAGUUCCAUUUGUCUCUUAGAAACUAUUUAUUGAAAUUUGUUUUGUAUUUAUUUCAUUCAAAGCUCCCCUUAUUCCUUCUUCAAAAUGUUUUUGUUUCCAAAUACGCUUUUUUCCCACCACUUUCCCAUCUUUUUUUUAAUCCUGUCACUUCCCUUUUCGUGGUCAUUUUACCUCCCUGAAUCCAACCCAAUCUUUGCUUUCAGAAAUCAGCUCAGAGAAGUGCAUCUCUAUACAGAAAAUCACAGACGUGGGCUGUAUCUGCAGCUCAAUCUGGACGGGAGCGUGACUGGAAGUGAUGCUCAGACUUCUUAUAGUGUGUUGCAGUUGCAAUCAGUGAAACAGGGUCAUGUGGUCCUAAAGGGACAAUCAUCAUCCCUGUUCCUCUGCAUGGACAGCGCCGGGAAUCUGAGGGGGCAGAGCGCCUAUGAGGAGGCUGACUGCUCCUUCAGAGAGCUCCUGCUGGCUGAUGGAUACACUCGUUUCCUCAACCAUGGGAUCCCUGUAUCACUGGCAUCCAGGACUUCUCCAGAUCGCCACUCACUUCCUUUCACAAGAUUUUUACCUCUCAGGAAUACUUUACAGUUCUCAGAGGAGCCAACGAAAACCCAGAACUUCAACAUUGACUCGGAUGACCUUUUCGGUGUAGGACAGAACACGGUGGUCAGUCCUCAGCUGUUUGUGGACAAGUAAAACACAGCGACCCAAAGAAAUCCGAACUGUUCAGGAUCCUAAACUCUGGUGCAUGAAUUGCUUCUAAUUUAUUAUUAAUGUUAUUAAUAUUAAUUGAUUUCAGAAUGUUUCAGUGAAUUAAUAUUGACCUAAGUUAUUUAUUUAUUUUGUUUUGUUGUUGUGAAGCUUAUUUAAAUUUUCAUUGAUUCUGAGCAUUGUUCAUAUCCAAAAUAUAUAUAUUUUUAAAAAUGUGAAUAAUCUGGACCGCAGUUUCUCAGUUUCCUUCUCUGGGAAACUCCAACAAGCGUUCUGUGCAGUUCAAGUAUUUUUUUUUCUUUUCUUCAGACUGCAGAGAAAUUCUUGGUGCAAAUAAAACUAACCAAAGAUUAUUAUUUAGGUUGUUUGCAUUACUGAUGUACAGAUGCAACCCUGCAUGAAGCAUUUUGAGAAAUAACUAAUUUAGAGGUGACCACCUUCCUGCACAUCAGCGUGGAAAUCCAGCCGACGUGAGAGCUGGACUGCCCUCUAGUGGAUGAAACUAAGAAUUGCACAAAGCAGGAUAAGCUGAGGAGACAUGGAGACAGUUUCUACAUAAGCAACAUGCAUUGUGUAGAAAAAUCCCAAAUCACUGCUGCUCGGUUAAUCUAAAGAGCAGCAUGUGCGUACGUUUGUCCAAAGGUACAAAUUUUAAUGGAAUUUGAAAACUCCUGUUAGAGGUCUGAUUCAGGAAAUCACCAAGGCAAAUGUGUCAAAUUAAAUUGUA